AUGACAUUGGAUUCGGAGCUUAAACUCAUCAAUGAUUUAUUCAUCGUUAAUGACGAAAAGACAACAACGACAGCUGCUGAUAUAGAUUCGAAGGAAAGAAUUGCAGCCAUCGAGUCAAAGCGUAAACGAAAACUGGAAACCAUCGAAGAUAUUGAUUUUGAACUUGAAAGAAUCCUUACGAAAUUCAUUCGGCAAGCGGAAGAACAAAUCAAUGUUCCAUCAGCAAAUACUUCUCUUUUUAUCGAAGCCGUCGCAAUACUCCCGAAAAAGGAACAAAUGUUGAUGACAUCGGAAGAUGCAACAAAUGCAAAAUGGAUCAUUGAUACAUUCUUAAAUAGCGUCGAACCAAUAACAUCCACACAAUCUGGCAUCAAAGAAAGCGAUGAAAACGAAGAGUUUCUACUAGAUGAUAGCAUGGAGAAUAUUUCUGAAACUGAAGCCAGUGUAGAUUUGUCGAUUUCAUAUAUAAGAAAUACGGACCCAGAAAGACACUGUAAAAACCCAUCUUAUCAAUGUGAGCGAUGUGAACUAUGCGGCAAAAAUGAUCCAUGCAUGCCAAAUCAUUACAUGAGAAAACAUCGAAAACAUGAAGUGCUUGUAGCACGACCAUCACCGCAAAUGGCUGCCAGAUUGCGAUUACAAAGCGACGAAUUUAAAAUGUUCGAUAGAAAUAAUAUCAGCGGAUUUUGUUACUUCUGUGAAGACACCCAGACAAUGCCAAGAUCAAGCUGGGUGUUACACAUUCUAACGCAUACCGGCGAAGUUCUGUAUGUUUGCGAUUCGGCGGAUCGUUCGAUAGUUGGUUUCCUUUGUAAAGAAUGCAAUUUCCUGCAGCUUGAAGGCAAGCGUGUGAUCGAUCAUUUGAAGAAAGAGCACGGAUUCGAGUGUCCCACGGAAAAAUGCCAUUAUGAAAAGCUCACUUUGGUACCUAGUGUCAAACCAAAUACUGUACGUUCAGCAGCAACAGAUUCAACAAAUGUAUCGACCAAAGAAAUAAAGCGGUCGAAACUAUCCAGACAGAAAUCAAUCACAUUCUUAUUGCCGAACGAAAAAAAGUGACAAAGAUAAACUUCA